AUGGAUCCUGUGACAAUUCUUCUGUCCAUCAUAUUCAUCUUGUUUUUGAUCAAAACUUAUAAUGACAAAAAACAACAAAAGUACAAAAACUACCCUCCAGGGCCAAAGCCUCUACCAUUAAUUGGAAGCUUGCAUUUGAUUGAAACAAAAAAACCUCACUAUGCCCUUAUGAAGCUGUCUGAGAAGUACGGCUCUGUAUUUAGCAUCCAGUUGGCCAUGGAGAAGAUGGUUAUCCUAUGUGGUUAUGACACUGUGAAAGAUGCACUUAUUAACCAUGCCGAAGAAUUUUAUGAAAGACCAGAUAAUCCACUGACUGCUAGAAUAGCACAUGGAAAUGGAAUAAUUUGUGCCAAUGGAGAGAACUGGAAGAUAAUGAGGAGGUUUACACUUUCCACAUUACGGGAUUUUGGAAUGGGAAAGAGAUCUAUAGAAAAUAAAAUUCAAGAGGAAGCACAAUGUUUAAUGCAAGAAUUCAGAUCCUACAAAGGGGAACCCUUUGAAAAUAUGACCAUCAUCAACCCUGCUGUAGCUAACAUAAUUGUGUCAAUAUUAAUGGGUGAAAGAUUUGAAUAUGAUGAUCCAAUCAUUCUGAAACUCAUGGGUAUAAUUCAUGAAAAUAUCAAGAGCUUUGGAAAUGUUAUGAUUAUGCUUUACAACGUGUUUCCAAGACUGCUAGACUUACUCCCUGGCAGCCAUCAGAAAGUUUUUCAAAAUAUUGAAUACACAUAUACUUUUAUAAGGGAGGUAUUUACCAAACAGAAGAAAACACUGGACAUAAAUGACCAAAGGAACUUUAUCGAUGCGUUUCUGGCAAAACAGCAAGAGGGGAAGCCAGAAUCUACUUUGUACUUCCACAAUGACAACUUAAGCGUGCUGGUGAGUGAUCUUUUUGGUGCUGGAAUGGAGACAACAUCCACCACUCUGCGAUGGGGCCUCCUACUAAUGAUCAAAUACCCAGAAAUACAAAAAAAAGUUCAAAAUGAAAUUGACAGAGUGAUUGGAUCGGCUGAACCCCAAACGGAGCACAGGAAGCAGAUGCCGUAUACCGAUGCCGUCAUUCACGAAAUCCAGAGAUUUGCUGAUAUUGUACCUAUGAGUGUGGCACAUGCAACUGCUAAAGAUGUCACCUUUAGAGGGUACAACAUUCCAAAGGGGACCACUGUCAUCCCAUUGCUGACUUCUGUUCUUAGAGAUAAAGCUUACUUUGAAAAACCAGAUGAGUUUUAUCCUGAACAUUUCCUCGAUUCAGAAGGCAAUUUAAAGAAGAAUGAGGCAUUUAUACCUUUCUCACUAGGGAAGAGAAGUUGUGCUGGAGAAAAGUUGGCAAAGAUGGAGCUGUUCCUGUUUUUUACAACACUGCUGCAAAACUUCACCUUCCAGGCCCCUCUUGGUGCUGUGUUGGACCUCACACCUGCACUGGGGUUCACCAACGCCCCCUUACCACAUAAGAUCUGUGCUAUACCUCGCAGCUAG